AUGCACUUCACAACCCUCACAACCCUCGCCACCAUCCUCCUCGCCGCAACCACCAGCACCGCCCUCCCUUCCUCCACCGGCGGCGCCAUCCCCACCGACAUCGAAACCACCACGCUCAACACCACCACCGACCCCUUCACCGACCCGCCCGCACACCCCCUCACCAAGCGCCAAUACGCCUACAAAAAGGUCCGCUACUGCGAGCACGCCAACGGCGGCGGGCGGUGCGUCGAGCAGGCGUUCCGGCACGGGCUGUGCUACAACCUGGACGCGUGGUGGAACGACCGCGUGUCGUCCGUGUACGUGGUCGAGCGCAACUGGCGGUGCCGGCUGCACCUCGACCGCGACUGCCGCGGCGGCAGCCGCGACGUCGGGCCCAACUGGUCCGUCGCGGACCUGCGCACCAUCGGCUGGAACGACCGGAUGAGCAGUAUUGAUUGCUUUGGGCAGCAGUUUUGA